AAUAAGUGUGUUGAUCCAGAGUUGCUGCAUUAGUUGAUGAGCUGAUCUGAAGUGUGAUGCUGUCCUCAUCCACCAGAGAUAAGUAUACAGUGAAAAUCUGAGAAGCAAACUUGCAGCACUGUGAUACAGUUGAAGGUCCUGUGCUAGAGGAUGUGGAGUUUUCUACAGAACAGUAAAAGUACUUGCUUGAAGUUGGUGCCACAGACAAGAAGACAAGAGAGGGAGCUGGAUGUCCAGAUGAAGAUGCUGCAAUUCUCGUUUGGAGUGACAAGGAUGGACAGGACUCUCGUCUCUGUCUCUGACUCUUAUUUACAGUCCAAAUUUAGAGACUGGGCGGCUCAGACAGCAAUUUUGACGACUAAGAAGGAAAUGGGAUGCGGAGCUACCAAGUCUGAACCCACAGUGCUGCAGCUGAGAAAAUGUGAUAAAGCAAUGCGAGCGGCUCUGCUCAUCCAGCGCUGGUACAGGCAGUACGUGGCUCGGCUGGAAAUUAGACGUCGAUGCACGUGGAACAUUUUCCAGUCAAUCGAAUACGCAGGGGAGCAGGACCAGAUCAAGCUGUACAAUUUCUUUGGCUACCUUAUGGAUCACUUCACUCCAGCCAGCAGUGAAAGAAAGCUGAUUUCCCACAUAUUUCGUGAGAGCGAGGUGUUUCAGGAUGCAGUAUGGGAGCGAUACUUUUGCUACAAGGGUAUUGAGGUGCCCGAUAUAUACACUGGACCUCGCCUUACUUUUCCUCUGACCGUCAGCAACGUCACUGAGCUGGUGGAGGCCUUCAAACACAAACAACAGCUCCAUUCACGAUACGUCCUCCAGCUCCUAGGGGAGACUUGGAAACUGCUGCGAGUUCUGCCAAACGUUAACGCUGUGUCAACAUGCCACAGGAAGGAGAUCACAAUCUGUGGUGACCUGCACGGUCAACUUGAAGACCUCCUGUUGAUUUUUUAUAAGAAUGGUUUGCCAUCACCCGAGACCCCGUACGUCUUCAACGGAGACUUUGUGGAUCGAGGAAAAGACUCCAUAGAGAUUCUGCUCAUCCUGUUUGCCUUCCAGCUGGUCUAUCCCAAUGAGGUCCACCUUAACAGAGGAAACCACGAAGACCAUAUUGUGAAUUUGAGGUAUGGCUUCAUUAAAGAGGUCCUUGGAAAGUACAGGGUUUACGGUAAGAAGAUCCUUAAGCUGCUGCAGAAGAUCUUCAGCUGGUUGCCCCUGGCAACUGUGAUUGACCAGAAAGUGCUGAUUGUGCACGGAGGAAUCUCUCGAACCACUGACCUCAAUCUCAUUGCCAAACUGGAAAGACACAGAUAUGUUUCAGUACUGAGGCCCCAGAAGCGCCAGCGACAUAUAGCAAAGUCCUCGGACUUGGAGGAGGAGCGCAAUAGCGCCACCAGCAGGAGACGAGUGCGCUCUUUGACAGUCGAACGCCGCCCUCUACAGGGCUACUCCAUCCGGACCAGUCCAUCAGUGGAAGAAGAGCUUCAAGAGAGAAGGAGGUGGGCUGGGCUCAGCGCCUCCUGUGAUAGGCUGAGCAACUACGUCUCCGCAGACUCCGACUCCGACCUGGAGGCUCCAGAGACGGAUGCAGACGAGUGGAAGCAGAUAAUCGAUCUGCUCUGGAGUGACCCCAUGCCGCAGAAUGGCUGCAUCCCAAAUGAGGUUAGAGGGGGCGGCUGUUACUGGGGGCCAGAUGUCACACGAGACGUGCUCGACCGCCACAACCUGCUGCUGCUCAUCCGUUCCCAUGAGUGUAAACAGGAUGGCCACGAAUUUUGCCACAACCGCAGGGUGCUGACCAUUUUCUCUGCGUCCAACUACUAUGAGGUGGGAAGCAACAGAGGAGCCUACAUUAGAUUGGGGCCAGACCUGUAUCCCCAUGUCAUCCAGUACCGUGCCACCAGAUCCACAAGAGAACUGACUCUGAGACAGAGUGUUGGUUGGACUGAGCGUUCAGCUCUCCGAGCCCUGAGAGAACAACUGUUUGCCCACAAGUCAGAGCUUAUCAGUGCCUUCCAGGAGUACGAUCCAGAUCACACAGGUGUGAUAUCGAUGAAGCACUGGGCUGCUGCGAUGGAAUCAGUGUUGAGACUCGGCUUACCAUGGAGAGUCCUGCGCUCUCAGCUGGUGGGCUGCACCACACGCGACGGCACAUUGAACUACCACCAAUGGUUCCGAGAGCUCGACAUCACCGAGCCCGACACCGAGCUUGCUCAUACAGGACUCCUGGAGACCAUGUACAGACACCACUCCAAUCUAGAGACCAUCUUCAGAAUUAUAGACACAGAUAAUUCAGGUCUGAUCUCAUUCGAGGAGUUUCGUCAGACUUGGAAACUGCUGUGUUCUCACCUGAAGAUGGAGAUCAGCGACGAGGCCAUUUCAGACCUGGCCCUCAGCAUCGACUUCAACAAGGACGGCAGCAUCGAUAUCAAUGAGUUUAUGGAGGCCUUCAGGCUGGUGGACAACACGGUCAGUGUGGAGCCCUCUGAACGUCUACAGCUAUGAAGUUCCUUAUAGACCGAGCUUUCUCUGUGUACUGGAGAGGCGCAGUACCGUGUAGGUUUAAAUAAAACCCUUAUAAAGCA